AUGUGCAGAGGCCGACGCGAGCAGGAUCUGAGCCGUUCCUCUGUUUCAAACAGUCCAUCCGGAGCCACACCACCUUCUGGGUCCGACGUUUCGGACCCGCGUGUGUGUGGGAGGGAUACAGCCAAGACACCCUCCAACGCGGCUCUGACCAAUCACUCCCCCGUUCCCACGGCACAACUCCAGUCUCCGCGUCCCGCUUUCGGACAGAUGCACUUCGCCGGCUACCAGCUUGGUGAGAUCAGCUCAUACCGUGGUAUCCCUCUCUUUUCCGUACACGGACUAGAGUGGAUCAAAUCGAGGACCGGCCAGGAUGUUAGGCCUCAUAUGAUCGACAUUGCCGAGGCCCUGAAGAAGAGCAGACAGUUCACACCCUUGAUGCUUCGAGGAUUCACCUUGGCACGUUCAAAUCUAGAUUUGCCUGCAAGACAUCUAGUCGAGACCUAUUUCAAAGCCUUCCGAGAUUCCCAUUUCAAGUUGGUGUUUCCAGUCGUCGAUCAUGUCCUCUUCCGGCAUACAAUCGACUCGGCGUACGAGCCACCUGGGGGCGAGCCUGGGCUCGAAGCCAUCUGCGCCAAGGCUGCUAUCUUCGCCUUCCUAGCACUCAUUUCUGUUGCACGGAUCGAGUUCCGUACGCUGAAGCCCAGCAUCGAUGGCGACGCAUGCGCUUCCAAAUCGGAACAUCUCCUGCCCUAUCUUCUCCAAGUCACAAACCUGAACGCUUUAGAAACGAUCUCAAUGCUACCGUGUGCAGAGCAGCCAAAUUCAGAGCAAGACUCAGCAUGGAGAGUUCAAACCCACAUCCGAAAGCUUUUCUGGCUUUGCUAUACCUUUGACAAGGACAUGGCGCUCAGGACCGGCCUGCCGCCAUGCAUCGAGGAUGAACAUUGCGAUUUGACGUUCCCACCCCAGUAUUUAGAGACUAUACACCGCCUUCAAGAGGUCCCUUUUGCUCUACAAGAUCAGGUCGAUGCCCCCUGGCUCCCCGGAGACCUGCGGCUAUCCAUCAUCAAGUCCAAGACGUACAAGGUGCUCUACUCGGCAAACGCCCUUAGGAAGCUUGACGCCGAUGUCGUCAAAACUAUACGAGAACUCGACGAGGAGUUGGAGCGAUGGCGAAUCUCGCUUCCGGUGCUCAACCGGCCGCAGUUAUUCUACUCGCAGGAGCAGGCGAUCGAUCUGAGCCUGCCGCACCCUCAGAUCAUGCACUGCACCCUGAUCCAAUUUGAAUACCACUAUCUAGUGGCCACGAUCCAUCGAGCUGUGGGCCGUUGCCGUGCCUGGACGGACGGAGAGAGCUGUGCAGUUGACGGCCUCGGAUCGAGCCUCUCUCUAUCCGUCGAGGCGAGCCGCACCACCCUCUUCUACCUCCGACAAACAAUUCACUAUCUCUUCGAGGACGCUUUUUGGUAA